GGAAUGGCCCUAGCUGACUUCCUAGUAGAAAUGACCGGUCUCCCAAUGAGCAAUGGUGGGAGAUGGCAGUUGACGGGGCAUCCGGUCCUAGAGGAUACGGGGGUGGUAUCGUGUUACCCACCCCGGAAGGGUUCAAGAUCUACCAUGCGAUCGUCUUCAACUUCAAGCUGACGAACAAUGAGGCAGAAUAUGAAGCUUUGGCUGGAGGGCUCAGACUUGCCCAAGCCCUGAAAAUCAGCCGGGUCAGUAUCAAAUCUGACUCUAGCCUGAUAGUAGGGCAGCUGACCGGUAACAUGGAAGCAAGGGAAGGACGCAUGGCACAAUACAAGGACCUUGUACUUGCCCUGUUGAAGGGCUUCAAAGAAUUCAAAAUCGCCCAGAUUCCCCGGGCGGAGAACGCGGAUGCAGACCUUCUCUCCAAAUUGACGCAGUAUGCUCCCGAGCAUGUUUCGAAACUUGCCCGGGUAGAGAUCCUUGACCGCGCAAGCAUCGAGAAAUUGGAAGUCACCGCUAUAACGGCCGGAAGCCAGUAUGACCGGUCAAAUUUGGUCGGGGCAGACGACCAUUGGAUGUAUGAUCUGAUGGAAUAUCUGACGGAUGGGAGCUUGCCAGAACAAGAUGACCGGGCAAGGAAAGUGAAGCUCAGGGCACCCCGAUUCCAGAUUCUCGAUGGAAAGCUGUAUAAAAGGGCAUUUAGGGGGCCACUCCUGAGAUGUCUAACCAACCGGGAGGCUGAACGAGUCAUCGCGGAGGUCCACGAAGGCGUAUGCGCGGCGCAUCAAAUGUCCCGUACGCUUUCCCAACGCAUCAUCUUGUUGGGGUAUUACUGGCCAACGAUUGUCCAGGAUUGUGAAAGGUACGUCCAGAAAUGCAGGACGUGCCAAGUAUUCUACAAAUAUCCCGGUAGACCGGCGACCUACUACCAUCCCGUAUCGAAUGUCAUCCCAUUCGCUAGAUUCGGGGUUGAUAUCAUUGGAGCCUUUCUAGUCGCCCAAGGAGGAAAGAAGUUCGUAAUCGUAGCCAUCGAUUACUUCACCAAGUGGAUUGAGGCCGAAGCAUUGGCCAACAUCACCACGCAACAAUGUAAGAAAUUCAUUUGGAAGAACAUCAUCACGAGGUUUGGAGCGCCCAUGAACCUCAUCACCGACAACGGCCCACACAUCGUAUGGGCAUUCCGAGUAACUCCCAGGAGGGCUCAUGGGGAAACUCCAUUCUCCCUAACCUAUGGGUGUGAAGCAAGGCUGCCCAUCGAAGCUGAAUUCCCAACGUUCCGGGAAUCAAACUAUCAACCCCAGCAAAAUGAGGAAGAUCACUUGGCCGAACUCAACUUGGUCGAAGAGCGGAGAAUGGCCGCAGAAGUUAAAAUGAGUACGUACCAACAAGUUGUGAAGAAGUACCAUGACAACAAGGUUGGGCCGCGGUACUUCCAAGUUGGUGAUGAAGUCCUACGAAGAAGAGAAGCAAGUAGACCCAGCGACGGGGGAAAGCUAGCAAAAAACUGGGAAGGCCCAUAUAGGGUUAGAGCCAUCAUUCGCCCGGGGACCUACCGGUUAGAAACUCUUGAAGGGGUACCAGUAGAAAGAACCUGGAAUUCCCAUCAUCUUCGCAAGUUCUACAAAUGAUUGUAAUACUAGGCAAGGCCUACUUUAUUAUCAAUCAAAUCGAUGAUGUUCAAUACUCUAUUUGGUAGCGGCAGAAUUGGAAGGUCG